CCGUUGGACCGUGACGCACCAACGGGCCAGGCGCGCUGGCGUCUGACGGUCACGGCCACGGACGGGCAGUACACGGCCUCCACUGACGUACUCGUCAACCUCAAAGACGUCAACGACAACGCACCCGUCUUCCCGCAUGACGUCAUCGACGCACACGUCUUGGAAAACUCGAUGCCAGGAACUACCGUGGCGGUAGUGACUGCGCACGACGCAGACGACCCGCAUGAAGGCGACAACGCCCGCCUGUCGUAUUCGCUGCUGAAGAACGUCAUUGAUGAACGCUCUCGCCUGCCUAUGUUCACAGUUGACAGGCAGACGGGGGCUCUGCGUACGGCCGUCUGCUGUCUAGACAGGGAGCACACGUCGUCUUACGGGCUUGUGCUUGCUGCUACUGACGGAGGAGGUCUUCAAGGUACUUGUACCGUUACCGUAAACAUCGACGACGUCAACGACGUUCCUCCUUCCUUCGUGCGAUCGCACGUCGAUGUCUUGGUCCCCGAACAUCGUCAACCAUCUUUCCAGCGUUCUUCGUCCCAAGGAGCUUCUCCAUCCAACGGAGCAUCGUCAUCCAACGGAGCAUCGUCAUCCAACGGAGCAUCGUCAUCCAACGAAGCAUCGUCAUCUCCCGACGUUUCGUCAUCCGACGAAGUUCCUUCGUCUAUCGAAGUCACGUUGCCCAAGGAAGCACUAUCAUCCAGCGCAGUGUUGUCUUCCAACAGAGAAUUUCCCUCCCGCGGCCUUCCAUCGUCCAAAUCUCGCAGCAACGUCUCUGAAAAUUUCAUCUCGACUCUCGUGGUGACGGAUCCUGAUACAAGCAACGUGUUUGCAUACCGGGUGGUGCCAGGGAGCGGCCACGGCUGGCAGCUGGUGGAAGUGGCAGCAAACACAGCUGGUGCUGACCUGUUCUCUAGAGUGCCGCUGGAUUUUGAGAACCCACAGCACAGAGCGGGACUCAACUUUAGAGUGCAGGUCACCGAUCAGGGCGACAUGCCGUGGAGCUCGCACCCCCGCGCGUCGGAACGCUCUGUCACGGUCACCGUCCAGGCUGACACCCGUGACUCUCUCUCUCUCUGACACCCGUGACUGUAGGG